AUGAUUGAUACUCAAGUUCUGCUUAGCUAUGUGUCUCAAGGAAUGAGACCACAAGACAAGACUCUAUUAGAUGCUUUAAGCAAUGGUUCCUUGUCAAAGUAUAAGACGGCGGAGGAGGCAUGGCAACUCAUUACUGACUUGGCCGAGUCCACUCAACAUGCUAGACGGAGGACCUACCAUCCAAAGACCAUAGAAGAAGUUGAAGAGGAAGAUGAGGCACAAGAGAUAGUUGAAGAUGAAGCCCCUCAACCAAGAAGUGAAACCUCCAAAGAUGAGAGAAUUGUGAAAGAAGAACUUGCUCAACCAAUCCCAUUUCCUACAGUAGCAAGGAAGGCUAAGAAGCGUAUAGAACUUGACCGCAAGAUGGUAGAAAUGUUCAAGAAAGUUGAGUUAACUAUCCCUCUCUUUGAUGCCAUCCACCAAGUACCUAAAUAUGCUAACUUUCUUAAGGACUUGUGUAUGAACAAAGAUAGAAUUCAUGAGCCAGAAACAAUCCCAUUGGGGAGUUCUAUUUCGGCUUUGAUGGGAGCAUUACUGGAAAAAUGUGGUGAUCCGGGCCCGUGCAUGGUUACUUGUACCAUAGAUGGUGUUCAAUUCAUUGAUUGUAUCUGUGAUCUUGGUGCAUGUGUUAGUAUUAUGUCUCUUUUCGUUUAUCAUAUAUUGAAGCUACCACCAUUGAAGCGGUCGGCGGCUAGGUUUGUCUUAGAGGAUAAAAGCAUAAUAACCGUGACGGGUAUUGCGGAAGAUGUGAUGGUAAACAUAAAGGGUUUGAUAUUCCCCAUUAAUUUUCAUAUCAUUGAGAUACCACCAAGUGAAUCCGAAAGGACAUCAUCCAUCCUACUUGGGAGGCCAUUCUUGAGGACCUCUAAAUUCAAAUUGGAUGUCUAUUCGGGAACAUAUUCAUUUGUGAUUGACGGGAGAGUCGUAAGUUUUAGCCUAGAUGAAGCAAUGAGGCACCCACCGAAAAAUCACUCUAUAUUCUGGUGUGACUUAAUUGACAACGUUGUGGCUGAGGUGCAUUAUGCAAAGCUAGAUGAGAAGCAUAUGAUUGAAGAAUCAAGUGAAGAAAACAUCCCACCCCAACCAGAAGCUCAAGUGUCAAAUCAAGAGCAAAAUAUUAAAUUGAAGCCACUACCGUCCCACCUAAAGCACUUCUACCUUAAUGAAGCCCACAAGUUCUCAGUGAUUAUUGCAAGGGAAUUCACUCCUCAACAAGAUGAAAGGUUGCUCCAUGUUUUGAGGAAGAACGAAAGGGCCAUAGGUUAG